GCGCGGCUCGGGUCGCGAUCGCGGCGGGGGCGGGACGGACUCGCAGCCAGGAGACCAGAGCGAGCAGCAGCGACCCCGGUGCCCACCCAGCGCGCUCUCCUUAGCGAUGCAUUUCAUCUUCUCAGAUGAGGUGGUGCUGUUGUUUGAUUUCUGGAAUGUCCACAGUCCUGCAGGUAUGGCCCUUUCGGUGUUGGUGGUCCUGCUCUUGGCUGUGUUGUACGAAAGCAUCAAGGUUGGCAAAGCCAAGCUGCUCCACCAGGCUCUGGUGAGCAUGGCCCUCCCCACCAGCCUGCAGCUCGCUGAAGAGACAGACGAGAACUCCUCAGGCUCAGACUUACCCCCCGUCAGCAGAAACCGUGUCAGGUGGUUUUUGUGUCACUUCGGCCAGUCUCUAAUCCAUGUUGCUCAGGUGGUCAUCGGCUACUUCAUGAUGCUGGCUGUAAUGUCCUACAACACCUGGAUUUUCUUGGGUGUGGUCCUGGGCUCGGCUGUGGGCUACUACCUUGCCUACCCACUUCUCAGCAUGGUUUAGUUGUUGAGGGCUGUGCAGGCACUGAUGGCUGGAGAGACCUGGGGCCCCCUCUUCCAGAUGUUGAACUUCCAGCCCCAUGUCUCCAUUUUUUCUGAUGGCUGUUCCUCACCUUGCACCUGGUUCCUGGAAACUUUCAGCUGAAGCCAGCACUUACUCCCCUGGAGCUCACAGGCCACUGCAGCUACCUCUCCUCAGCCUACUGGCAUAGGACCCAGGCGUGGUCUCUUUGUGCCUGAAGAAGGCUGCUGUGACCAGAGAGAGAAUGGACACACCAGAACCUGGGGGCAAGGUUCCGGAGCCCAUGAUGACUAUCUGUAACCCAAAACUCAAGAAUUUCCAAAGAUCUUCAAGAUAGAGAGAUGGGUUCUGGGUGAUGAAGGGCUUGGAGCCUGGAUACCAUCUGCUCCCUUGAUUUGUGCCUUACCUAGAGGAGCAUCUUCCAUUGGACUGUCUGACCUCUUCUGUCUUUGGGAGACAGAGACCAAACUGGCUCCUUUUUCUCACUUUUCUACCUUUGGAAUAUGGAAAGAUCAUCUCCUCUAUCGAUCGUGGUGACAUACUAAGAUUUUUUUCAUUUUUCCCAUUGAACUCCUGGUUGGCAAUUUUGCACAUUAAUACAAAAUUUUUAAUGCAAUGAUUUUAUAAUGAAGGAUGGCAACAUCUGCUGAAACCUGUUUCCCUUUCUUGUGGGGAGAGUGACAGCAGAUUAAAGUCAGGGAAGCAGGACUGUUCUAAGGGCUCCUGAUUUUCCCUCUGGCUAGAGCAAGCGCCUCCCUUGAAAGGUACUGCCUGCAGGAAGAAGACACUCCCAUGGCUUUAGGUGUCUGGGGUGCUCUUCAGGGCCUUAAUACCCCCUCUUCUCUGAUCCUUCUUUUACACAUAACAGAUAACUGCGUGGAAUAACAUUCAAAACAUUCUGUUACUUAUUGCUCACCUGUAAUGAUCUGGUGGGGAAACAUGAUUCAUUCACUUAAAAUACUGAGUAAGCCAUGGGACGGAGGUACUGCCUGAAGAUGCAAUAAGCAGUCAAACCAAAGCAUUAUGUUUGUAGAAUCAGGUGGGACUCUCCAGAUACUUGACCUUCUUCGCUUUAUAAAAGAAAAGGACAUGAGAGACCCAGGAGAAAAAAAUCACUGCUGUCUACUGUAAUGUCUAUGCCCAAGUACCUCAUGGGCUGGGUGGAAGAUGGUCUUAAGCUUUGGGAAUUAAAAAAGAAAUGCCUUUUAAUAAAUAUAUAUUUUUAAACAGUC